AUGGCACCUGCUUCAGGUCAAAAAGAAGCCACGGAAGGGAGUGCAAGAGAGUCCGCAGCAGCGUCGAAACCGCCGUUGGAACAAUCACCGAAACUUGCUUCAGGAGGAGCAGCAGGAGAAGCAACAACUAAUAGUGCGUACGAUUUUUCCGACCCGACGGCGGAGGGCGACUGGCGAUUCGAUCCGCAGUUGGAAUGGCAGGCAGGCGUCCGCGCGUACCUAUCGCAGGCGUACGGUGCGGAGCGGUUCGAGCGUAUCUGCACCGCGCUAAGCCGUCCGCCCCUGUCAGUGUGUCUGCGCGUGAACCCCCUCCGCACAACCACCGAAGAUGCGCUCAUUGCGGUCGCGGGCGCGCUGGGACUGGAUCCUGGGGGAGGGGGAAGGGGAGGAGGAGGGGAAAAGGCUGAAGCGAAGAGCAGGGAAGGAACGUGGGGAAGUGAGCGAGAGGAGAGGAAGGGAGAAACGACUGUUGCCGAUGCUGAUUGUGACUCUGACGCGGGGAACGUGGCGUCAGCUCGCCUGGUGUGCAGGGAGCAUCCUCUUGUACCCGGUGUGAUCAUAGUGGAGGGCACAGGGCCUCACAGAGUGUCAUAUGAGCCGGUGGAACAGAGCAAGGGUAGCAGCAGUGGUGGCGGUGGUGGUGGGGAUGGGCGUGGGCGUGUUGAGGAAUCGGAGAGAGGGGCGGCGGGGAAGGGAGAGGGAGGGGAGGGGGAGAAGGGGAAGGAGGGGAGGGAGGGGAAGGAGCAGGAGGGGGUGAAGGGCGACGACAGAGGGAGGGAGUCGGAGGGGAGGAUGGAGCAGAUGAAGCAGGUGGUGGUGAGCAGGAAGUGUGGCGAGGCUGUGCUGCGAGGGGCCAAUGUGUUUGUGCCUGGAGUGCUGGCGUGCAGCCCGGGUGUGGAAGCAGGGGACACAGUGGCCGUGUGCGUGGCCAUUGAAGCCCGGGUGGAUGGCAUGGCGGCGGAGGGAGAGGCGGGAGAGGUGGGAGAGAGGGGAGGUGGAAAAGAGAGGAUAGAAGGGACAGAUGGGGAAGAGAGGGGAGAGGGAGGAGGGGAGGGAGGCGGGGAGGGGGGUGAGUGGUUGGUGGGGUUGACUCGAGGAGCAACGCUGGGCUCUGCUCACACACGUGCAGGUUUUGAGAGGCGGGACCGGUCGCGGUGGUUCAUAGGCAAGGGCAUGGCGCAGCUGUCACGGGCCGCCAUGUUCCGCGCCUCCCAUGGCAUCGCUGUCGCCCUCUCCCACCGCGCCUUCCUGCUGCCGCCCUGUCAUGACAUCCUGCCAGGCGGCCAUGUGUUUCUGCAGAAUCUCCCCAGCAUCAUUACUGCUCGAGUGCUGGACCCCCAGCCAGGAGAGCGUGUGUUGGACAUGUGUGCGGCGCCAGGCGGCAAGACCACAGCACUGGCCAUGCUCAUGCGCGACACCGGCACCGUCGUGGCACUGGACCGCUCUCACAACAAGGUGCGGGGUAUAAGGGCAGUGGCAGCAGAGAUGGGGCUCACAUGCAUCCAUGCCAUCAAGAUGGACGCCACCACCGCCGUUGCUGCUGCUGCGCCUGCACACUCCAAAGCCGCUACUGCUGCUGCUGCUGCUGCUGCUGCUGCUGCUGCUGCUGCUGCUGCUGCUGUUUCUGUUGACACUGCGCCUGCUGCUGGUGGUGAUGGUGAUGAUGCUUCUGGUGGUGCCACUGAUGCUGGCACAACAAGGGAGGGUUUGGGGAAUGGCAGCGAGGGGAGAGGGUCGGCAGAUGGAGCAGCAACAGCAGUAGCAGCAGCAGAAGGAGGAGCAGCAGGUGUUAGAGUAGGAGGGGGCAGCAAAGCCACCGGCAAGAGCAGAGCAGAGCAGCGAGAGGAGAAGCGGCGGCUGAGGGCAGGAGGGGGACAGGGGCGCAUGAGGGGGGCACGUGGGGGAAAGAGGGGAGGGAAGGAUGAGCAGGGGAGGCAGGGGGAGCAGCAGGAAGGGGAGGAGGAGGCUCGGGCGAGGGCUCAGGGGGGCUUUGAGGCGCACAGCUUUGACCGUGUGCUGCUGGAUGGGCCCUGCUCUGCUCUCGGCCUCCGCCCGCGCCUCUUUGCCGCCAAUGUGUCACUGGGGGAGCUGCGCAAGAAUGCGGUGUACCAGCGCAGGCUCAUUGAUGCCGCCGUGCGCCUCGUCAAACCGGGCGGCACACUCGUCUACUCCACGUGCAGCAUCAACCCAGGGGAGAACGAGGCCAAUGUGCGCUACACUCUCGACACCUACCCCCACCUCUCCCUGCUCGCCCCUCCACCCGAGCUGCACCUGGGGCAACCGGGCCUAGUUGGGGGCCUGAACGUUUCGGAUGGCACUGCAUGCAAGGAGUGGUUGAGGGAGGGCGAGCAGGACAAGGUGAUGAGCUUCCACCCCUCGCACGCCCUCGACACCAUCGGCUUCUUUCUUGCCAAGUUCACCACCUCCCCAACCGCUUGCUCCUGCUGCCCGCGCUGA